UGCUCUCGGAGAGUGUGUUGCAAUCCGUGGUUUUGGGGGCAUGACUCAAUUCCCCACGACAGGAUAAUCUUGUAAACAACUUGUGGGUUGUCUUCGUUGUUUAGUUUUUUGUAUAGUCAGGGGGUUUUGUUUUGUUUCACAAAAGUUUCUGGCUCACGAUGAGAUAGUUGGGAGCUUGUGGGGAAGCCAAGGGCUAAUUCGGUGGGCGUCCAUCAUGGGUCAUGUGUUGCGGUGGUCGGUGUUGAGGUUUAGGCUCUGCGAUGGGCAGUUUCGGUUUACUACUCUUUCUCAUUCUGCUUUUCCCCUCUUAUCCCACCAAUUUGUGGCAAAACCCAGGUUGGAGAGGGCAAGCGGUGGCAGAGCUGUGAGAGCCAUGGUUUUUGAGCCUAGAGUGGAGUUCCAUGAGAAGAGAAAGGGUUGUCUUUCUGGAUUUAGGAGCUUUGGAUCACGGAGCAGCCACUCACAUCAGGCAGUGAGUGCUGUCGAGGAUUUUGGUGGAAGUCGGGGUUUUGACUCGGAUAGCGAGGGUUUAGAUGAGGAGGAUGAUGGUAGAGUGUAUGAAGCUGGGGACGAUUACAUUAUUGUGAAUUUUUAUCAUUUUGUGAAUAUUGAGGAUGCUCACGCGGAGGUUGCUAGGCAUACUGCGUUCAUGGAGGGUCGCAACAUUCGAGGGCGAAUAUACAUCAAUUUUCAAGGCAUCAAUGCGCAGCUUAGUGGACCUAGAAAAGAUGCCAUGGAUUAUGCCAAUUGGGUGAAAGAAGACGAAAGAUUUGCACCGACAUACAUUCAAGUCUCUCCAUCUCCACGUGGCCAUGCUUUUCCCAGACUGAAGCUUCGGUAUAAGCCAUCAUUAGUCCAGGUAUGUGAAGACAGCGAUAGUCUUCCGCUUACAGACCCUACGGCAAGAGCUGUGCCGCUAACUCCUAAGCAGUGGCGAGAGAAACUUGAGAAGCGCCAUGACGCACUCACGAAAGGUGCUGGAGAAGUGAGUAAUCUCGAAAAUGUGAAGAAAGUUCUACUUCUGGAUGUGCGCAAUAGGUAUGAGUGGGAUGUGGGUCAUUUCCAAGGAGCACAACGACCAGAAGUGGAAUGCUUCAAAUCUACAGAAUUUGGUCUAUCAGACGAGAAGGAGGUGGAAGCUGAUCCAUUAGCAGGAGUGGACAAGGAGAACACCGAGAUUUUGAUGUACUGCACAGGCGGCAUUCGGUGUGAUGUAUACUCCACUAUUCUCAGGAAGAAAGGGUUUAAAAACCUCUACAGCUUAAGGGGUGGUGUAGCAAAGUAUCUUAAGGAAGAGGGUGCGUCUCAGUGGAACGGGCGACUUUUCGUAUUUGAUUCACGCCUAGCCGUUCCACCUGCUUUUUAUCAUGGUGAACCGGCAGCGGAUGAUACCAGUUCCUCGACCUCAGCUAUAGCAAGAUGCCUUACGUGUGGGAGUGAAGUUGAGCCUGUCCAUCGCAACUGUGCCAAUCUGGACUGCAAUAACCUCUAUCUCUCUUGUGCAGCAUGCACCGCCAAACUUCGGGGCUGCUGCUGCUCUGAAUGCAUGGAGGCUCCCAGACUGAGGCCCGUCCUGGGACAAGAUGAGACAUAUCAGCGAUGGCACAACUACCGAGAUCCACCUCCACCACCCCCUCGGCCUCCUGGUUGGGUUAGCCGGCGAGCUCUGAAGAGACGCAGACGUAAGGAGCGGCGUAAAGAAGAAGAGCGGCUCAAACACACCGGAGCAUCAGAAGUUCACUGCUCUUCAGGUGGUGAAUCCUCUUCAGAGCAAGCUAAUCCCUCAUUUGUCCACCAAGUAUAGGACAAGUUCUUCUGUGUUUUUUAGAGACGCAUAGAUCAGUAGGAUUAGACUGGUGAUUGAACUCCAUUCCGAGUUUCGUGGCGUCGAUGAAACUAGCAACAACAUUUCGAAUCCUCUUGAUUCAUCCAUGUUCUGCAAUUACUGAAUGGAUUGAGUUUUUGUGGAUCACGUCGUUUUUAUUGGGAAAAGGAGCUGAAGGAACUGUUAGCUUUUUUACUGAUUCAGACAGCAGACAAGAACUGGUACCCAGCCAGUAAAUGUUAAUGCUUUCAUGAAAGAUGGCUUUGUUAGAUCAUGCCCCACAACCGCAACCUCCACCUUGUUGCAGGCCUUGUUCACAUCCUGAAAAGAUUUUUCCAGUGCGAGACAAAGUCUCCUUAAACCUCGACACACAGAAUCUUUUCUAUUUUGGCAUCAUUUUUGCACCACAGAUUUGCAAGAGAAAAAGUAUUGGUCGGGGUACCACACCCUCACCAUUUUUCUUUA